AUGGCGUUCAGUUUUUCGAAUGCCAUGUCGACUGGCUCAGGUGUCGGAUCUUCUGGUGUGAACGUCAAAGAUGGAGCAGAAUUGCAGGAGAUUCAGACAAACGAAUUGGGUUUUGCCGCCCUUAAUGGCGAGUCAAGAGUUCAGCUCCUCCCAACACCAUGGCCUUCGGAUAAUCUCCCUCCUCCCUCGUCAUCGAUGCUCAGUGUCGCAGCCGCCAGAGGCUUGCUAGCUGCUGCAGGGCCGGACGCUGUCUAUAUUUCCUCUACAACCAAGAUCCGGGAAGCAUUUCAGUCUCCACAACCUGAGAAGACCCAGACAAGGCCUUUUCAACCUGAGAUAAAGUUGCCAUAUCCACGAGUCUCUCACGUCGCAUUUUCCUGUGAUGAGAGCGUCCUCGUCAUCUCACCCUCAACGGGUGGAAUCGUAGCCUUUCAGGCUGAAAGCUUGCAAAAAGGCAGUAUGAACCCCGCCUUAGAGAUCUCAACUGAUGGCCAGAACCUCCGAAUUGUGGCACCAAAUCCAGUUGUCGAAUCGGCCGAAAUGUUUGCCGUCAUCACCGCAAAUGGGGAUCUGAUGCUGCUUGACUUAAAAGCCGGAGCAAUAAAAUCUGGUGGCGAGGGCAACGUGCUAAAGAGGGGUGCAAGUUGUUUGUCAUGGAGUAAUAGAGGCAAGCAGUUAGUUGCGGGCAUGGCAGACGGAACGGCGAUUCAGAUGAAACCAGAUGGUACUGUUGUUGCAAGUAUUCCCAAGUCGACAAGUAUCCCUGCGGACUCGCAUGUCUCCGGCAUCUCAUGGCUCGAGAACGAUACCUUCUUCAUCAUCUACACACCCAACAGCACAAGCGAUGAGAUGCCACCGUCAGAGUACUACAUCGUGCAGAGGGAGCCUAAAACAACAAAUUACACGUUUCAGAAACUUCCGGAGAUUCUGCCACCAUUCGGAGUGGCCAGACAACCUGCUUUUCACUUCAUCUCGAGACUGAGGAAUUUUCCACCCCAUAUCCAAGACUUGUUGAUCGUGUCUGCUACGACCGCUACAGACGUUGGACUCAUCUCAAAGUCGGAUAAGCCUUUAUCUCAGGAAGACCCAGUCACUUCCGCCUUUACCUUCACCACAAUCGAAGAUGAUACGAGGCGCGCCCAACUUCCCCUUUCUCCAGCGAUGGAGGAUACCUCUCCCAUCGGUAUGGUUGUGGACUUCUCCAGUUCCGAAAAGGUUCCAAACCCAAUCCCAUCGGACCCAGAAAUUGAGGAGACCGCUGGGCCUGUACCGUGCUUGUUCAUAUUGAACAACGAAGGCACUCUGGUGGGCUGGUGGAUCAUCUACAACGACUCAGUCCGAGAAAAGACCAUCUUCUCCGGCUUUGCAUCUGUGCAAGCUGCAAAGGAAGGCCCAGCACCCGCUAUUCGACCGCCGUCACCGCCUCCUACGGCCGCUGCUCCCACGUCUGGUGAACCACCUGCUACUGGUGCUUUCGUGAAGGCGGCAGGCGGAGGCUUCGGCAUGUCAGCAGCUCCAUCUGCCUUUGGUGGCCCUCCUGCCAAACCAUUUGGAGCCUCGUCACCAAUCACAUCCGAAAAGCCUUCCUGGGCUAGUACGGGAUUUGGCCCUACUCCAGGGGCUACAUCGUCACCGGCCUUCGGCCAGCCUGCAUUCGGUGCGGCCACACCUAUGGGAGGGAUUAAUGCUCCGUCAUUUGGGUCAGCAAGUGCCCUAGGAAGUCGAUCUUCAGCUUUUGGACAACCUUCGACAAUUGGAGGGACUCCUGCAUUUGGUCAGACUUCUGCUUUUGGUGCCGGUUCCACCACUAGUCCUUUUGGGAAAGCAGGGGUUGAUACCACCAGCUCAGGCUUUGCCUCAUUCUCGAAGGGGGGGGGCUUUGCUUCUUUUGCAGGAGGUACAUCAGCGCAACCCAGCCAGAGUCCUUUCGGCAAAGCGAGUGGCACGAGUCCCUUUGCGCAAGCAUCGGGAACCAUAUUCAGCUCUAACAAACCCCAAGAAUCUCCUUUUGCAACAAAGAAACCCGGUGAAUCCCUCAGCUCUUUUGGAUCAGCUACUGCUUUCAAAUUACAAUCAUCGUUUCGAGGAGAUGGAACUGCGAAAGAUGACUUACCGCCGCUCAAAGAAGGGGGUGGUUUUAGUUUCGGAUCUUCGUUUGGUGAUAUGCUAAGCGAAACAAAGCCCGCACUGUCGCCCACUCACGACAAGGAGGAGGAGAUGGGUGAGGAAAGUGAGGCUGAAUCCGACAGAAUCCAGGCGACAUCUUUCGGCGGAUUCUCUCCACAGACCUCAGCAAAACCUCCUCAGACGCUGGUUACGCCUCCGUCCACUCUCACACAACCCAAAACUACGUCUGCGCCGGCUGUUUCCACCAUAUUUGGCCAGCCACAGAUUGAUUCCACAACUCCACCAUCUCAAAAUACCGCCCCAGGAUGGUCUUUCAACGGUUUCUCCUCCACAACUCCCAAAGAGACGCCGAAACCCUCUCAUAUGGCCAUGUUCGGCACCAAACCUACACCCCAAGAAACUCCUGCUGUCGUACAAAAGAGCGUACCAGCACCAAAUUUCGAGUCUGUUGGACCACUUCCAGAGAUCAAGAAGGAUAUUGCGAGUGAGGACGAGUCUGUUGAAGUCAAAACUAUUCCCGAGGCACCCCUACCUCCUGAUACUGUCAGUAAGCCACGAUAUGUAUCGGGCGAAACUUCUGUAUCGUCGAACGUAUCCAAAACACCGCCGGGCGACACAUCUCUGCCAGGCGGUUUUCUCCCCGUGCCCAGAGCAGGCCAACCGGAGGAGGCUAAUCAAGAACUACCAGAUGAAAGCGAAGACGAUUUCAGCUCCGAAUUUGAGCAAGAUGCGGAAGAAAUCGAAGAAGAGAGUCCGGAGGAAGACGUCGCCGAGGAACAAAUAGAGCAAUUACAGACUUCGCCGGAAAGUUCAUUCAAAAGUGGUGAUAGGAGUCCAGAAACAAGUCCUACAGGUGGAUUGUUUACCAAGAUUACCUCAGCCUCCAUGGCACCGAAGCCUGCCAGACCAUUGUUUGGUGAGGUAGGCGCAGGGCCUGUUUUCCCACCACCCAAGCCACAAGAAAGUCCACGAUCUCCUAGCCCCGUAAGACAUGCCUUCUCAAUUGAUGGGCUUCGAGCAGAUACCUCUAGGUCGGUUAGUGCUCCGGCGCACCCUCGGUCCAUCAUUGACCAACGGAAGGCCCAACAUCAGAAAUCCGGGCUGGCCGCCCAGGCAGCGAGGACGAGAGAGGAAGAGGCAGCCAAAGAGAAAGCUCGCCGCGAGGCCAUCGCACGGGAAAAGGCGCAAGCGGAAGCUGAGGAGCUCGCACCACUAGAGGAUGACGAGGAUGAGAGGUUGCGCCAGGAGCUGGAGCAGCCAAUAACGCCAUCAGAAACGCUGGACGAUUUUGUUACAUAUCAACCCCGGCCUCGCGAAGAAACUCACAAGCACGGCAUACCGGCACAGAUUGAGCGGCUCUACUCGGAUAUCAAUUCGAUGGUGUAUACCUUGGGAAUCAACUGUCGGUCGCUAACAGCAUUCCUGCAAUACCAGCAACCCGAAGCAACCAAUCAGUCAUGGCCAGCGGUGCUUAAAUCGGAGACACCGCUGGAUGCCUUGAAUGAUGAGCUUCUGUUGACUGAUAUUGCAAGAUUGCAUGAAGGACAAGCCGUGCUUGCAGAUAUGCUUGCAGACUGCCAUAUUGGUGACUUCAUUGAGAAAUUUGAAGAGGCCCAAGCGCUCAUGAAGCGUGAGGUGUGUGACUUGAGGAAUAAGGUCAUGUCUGUACGAAAGACCUUGCACAGUCUGUCGACUCCAGAUAGCACGGUGAGCGCUCCUCUUUCUGCCGAGCAGACGUCUAUCCAGCAUGACCUUCGCAAGACGUUCACUUGUGUACAAACACAAUUAGUCCAGGUUGAAGAUGGGAUAUCCGUUCUUCGUGCAAAGCUCGCCCAGUCAGCGCCCACCGGUGGUUCAAGCCAACCAAGAGGUGCUCCAGGACGAGCAUCGUCACGAAAAAAGCCAACUGUGGAAGCUGUGACCAAGACUGUGGAAAAGAUGAUGGCUAUGGCGGAGCAGAAGAGUGCAGAUAUUGACGUGCUUGAGGCGCAGCUCAAAAAGAUGAAUGUGUCUGCGGCAACAUCUGUGAUCAGCAAUGGUGACAUGUCCGCUGGGCCUCCUAGCACUCCCCCACGUACCCGACAGUCGAUGAACGUGGCUACGCCGGGGAGUGCGGGCAGUAUUUACCAUACACCAGACUCCAAAUUCGGUAGCAGCACCCGUUCCGUGCGCGGUUUCAGGACAAGUCAGAAUGGGGGGUUGGCCAUGAUAUCAGUAGAAGACAAGCAACGAUGGCAGGCCAAGGCGCGCCGUCGCAAAGAAGUUGCGAGCAUGUUGAAGGAAGUCCUGGAAGAGAAACAAAAGGGAAUUGUAAAGGCGAUCGAGAGAUGA